AUGGCCGACCUCAGCCAACCAGAACGAACGCCGGACAAGCCACCGAGGAUACUGGUCCUAUCCGGAUGGGUCGGCAGCGGAAAAUCAACCUUUGCCACCCAGCUAGAAAACUCAGACCCCAACUUUGUCCGAAUCUGCCAAGACGUCUUGGGCAAACGCCAGGCAUGCGAAGCCAUGGCCAGGAGAUCUUUGAAAGAGGGGAAAUCGAUCAUCAUUGACCGGCAGAACUUCGACCCCAAACAGAGACGGACCUGGAUCCGAAUCGGGCAAGAGUUCGACCAACUCCAGCCGCCGGGGACCCAGAGUGUGGACUGCGAUCUGAUCGAAUUCGCGACGCCAUUCGAGGAGUGCGCCAGACGCCUGCGUGCCAGGACCGGCCACGAGACCAUCCACUCGGUCCGCGAGGGAAUGGGCAUCCUGAACGUCGUCGCAAACAAGGAAUGGGUCGCGCCCCAGAUCUCGGAAGGCUUCACCCGCCACCUCGUCCUGCGUCCCGGUGCCGCCUCCUGCCAAGCCCAGCAGCCCGCCUCGGCCCCCGUCGCCACGAUCCCCUUCCCUGUCACCCCCCAAGUCGUCCGCUCCAUCCUCGCCACACUCGACUCAAUCCCUCCUCCAUCAUCCGCUCGAGCUCCUCCAGAAUCCGCGCCGCCCACUGCCACCCCUCUCUCAUAA